AUGGGUGGACUGCCAAGUCGUUUUGUACCUAGCUCCAAAGGAUUUCAGAAAGACAGCCGAUUUACUGUGCAACAGGAUGGCGAGAGAAGUAUGGAGCCCUUCGAGGUGGUGCUGAGUCGCUCAGAGCUCGAGGCAUGGGGACUCGCAUGGAAUGGCAACUCACGUGCUGCCAAAAGAUUCCAAGUUGCUGGUGUGGACCCGUGUUCACCAGCUGGCAGAUGGAACCGAGAGCAGCAGGCCUUCGGUCUGCGUGGCAUCAGUCGAGGGGACGAGCUCUUUGAAGUCAACGGCUGGUCAGGUCACAGUGAAAUGCGCCAAGAGCUGGUGGACUCCCGGGCCGUUCGCCUACUUUUUCGACCAGAUCGAGGGCCAAAGGACGUGCGAUGCCCAGUGGGACAGAAAAAGGUUCACAACGACUGUCACAUUGGUCACAUUGGCCACAUUGGUCACAUUGGUCACAUUGACAAUACGGAUCCUGAACCUGAUCGAUCUGAGAAGUACACUCAGAUCAAGCUACAGCAGCUACCACAGCUACCUGACCAACCCCGCAGAUUUUCAGAUCUUUCAUUUUUGAGUCCAGAGGUUGAUGAGGCAGAUGAAGAUCAGGAUGCAUUGAGCGAGGCGUCUUUCUACUCAAUGAAAUCGUCCGCCUCCUCGUUGUCCUCCUCUUCCCAAUGCUCCCGGAACCAGCCUUCCAGCGGAAGGUCCUGUCCAUCUACGGACUGGGAGUUCCAAGGCUACCAGUGCCACAAUGGGCAAAUGUUGCCACCAUUUACACGCUCUAUAUCCAGCGGGCCGGUAUCAACUUCAUCAUCUGGUCGAGGAAAGCGGCGCCGACGAGCCAACACAGCAAAUGUUGUGCCACCAGCUCCAAUGCCGCCCCAGACCCAGCAGAUGAACCAGGUUCCAAAUCAGCUUCCCAAUCAACUUCCAAAUCAAAUCCCUUUUCCUCCCACAAUGGUGCCCGUGAUGGUGCCACUUGUCAAUGCACCUCCGGGACAGCCCUUCUUAGCAAUGGCGCCUAUGCCGCCUGCGAUGGCACCAAUAGCACCUGCUAUGGGACCCAUGGUGCCUCCGAUGGUGUCGCCAAUUGGACCUGGGAUGAGUGUUGCAGUGUCCUUUCCAUCCGAUAUGCCAAUGACAGCAGAGGUUGUGGAUAUGGCACCAUCUCAGCCAUUCUGUGCGAGCCAAAAUUUCAGUCCUGGGGCUGAGACCAUGCAGAGCUGCAUGCAGAGCCUGCAGAGCUGCCAGGAGACGACGGGUUUGCACGUUGAGGAGGCAGAACAACUUCCAGAUCCGCAGAAAGAGACGGAAGCGCAACAAGAAGCGCAACAAGAAGCGCAGCAGGCCGAGCGGCAAGUGCAGGAGACAGUCACGACAGUCACCCUGAAGGUUCGGAAAAAGCCGACACGCCGUGGUGGAAAGAGAGCAAGGCAUCGACCUUGCCAUGCAGCUGCUGCAGCGGAGUGGGCUUCAAGUGUUGGAAGUGCUGAGACUCCUAGUUUUGGGGACCCAGGUUCGGGUGAAGAGGCAGAGGGCGAAGAAGGAGAAGAUGAGGAGAGGGAAGAGAGGGAAGACAAGGAAGAAGCAUUGGAGUCGACCCAGUCCGACAAGCGGCAUGAUCCCAAAGCAAAGGAUUCCAGGACUCAUUUGCCUAUGGCGUCAAACACGUCAAAGCCGCGCUCCUUUUAUCCAUUAGCUGCUCGCUUGCGAGUGGCAAGUGCAGGCCUGAAGCCGAGCGCAAAGAAUGGCAAGCUGGAAGAGUCCAGGGCCACUUUGUCCGCCAAAAUGCCCAAGAAGAUUGGGGAGGCUGAUGCCGAUGAGGUUGAGCUGGCUACCACAAAGGAAGAUUGGAUGCCAACAGAGCGUCCAAUGCGUCCAAGUCAGAUUGAAGUGAUUGAAGAAGUGGAGCCUGAACCGGCUUCAGCUUCGGAUGUCUCUGACCUCCCCAAGCAGGAGCCCACGGAAGGAUUGGCAGGCGCCCACUUAGAACCUGUGAGCACCGCUGCGCAGAGGGUCAUCGACUUGCCCUCGGAGCAAGUGGUGGGGCGACGAGUGCAAAUCACUGGCCUCACGAAGACUCCGGAGUUCAAUGGUCAGUGGGGGAAGGUGGAAAACUUUGAUUUCAGCUGCAAACGCUAUGCUGUACAACUUCUCCCUGCAGAAGGCGUUCCAAUGAUUGUUAAGCUGCGUGGAGAAAAUUUGCGCAUGCCACCUGUUGCCGGCCUGGUUGGGAGCGUGGUCCUCCCAGUGCUGGGAGCAGUUCCAGAUGGUAUGAUGGUUCUGUUCUCUGGACUGGGUCCAACCGAAAAGGCCCAGCAAAAUGUGGCCGUGGGUGUUGGAGCCUUGGCAGGCAGCACAAUCAUGCUCCUCACAGUUCCGUGGUUCUUGGCAGUUCUUGGCGGCCGUGUGGAUAUUGAGAAGGGAAAGUGUCUGUACAACAACUCUCCCAAGGUCUCGAAGUUUGGCCUGGUCGACACCUUCAUACAUGCGGGCAUUCGAUACAAGCCAGAAAUCCGAGCCAAUGCAAAGAUCAUGGUGUUCACAGCCAUCACGUACCUGAUUAUCCAAGUACCUGCCCUGUAUGUCGACAACCAAAAUCCUCAAAUCGGACUGAAGGGAAUCCGCAGGGAAAAUUCUCAAGAAUCUACCUGGGCAUUUCUUGGAAUGGUCCUCUGCUUCGUGGAGUUCUGUAUGUACAUGUAUAUGCAAUAUGCUGCCAGCUUGCCUGACCAGCAAGUUCCCCACUCAGUCUCUAAUGCGGAGAUGCUGAAGGCCAAAGUUGCUGGUUGCGUGGGUUGGAUUCGGGCGAAGAUGGGCUCUGCCGGCAUGGCCCCGGCAAAGACUCGAGGCUAUGCCACAUCCAUUGUGAGGGCACAAGAGCUGGGUGUGAAAGGUUGGAUGGAGGAAUUCCGAAAGGAAUGGAAGCUCACAGAAGACAGUUCAGAGAAAAACAAAGCACUCCUGGACAAAGCAAGCUUUCCACCAGACUUUAGAGACACGUUGCAGAUGUGGUACAAGAAGUACGCGGAGAGCGAUGACGGCCGCAUGGGCAUUCGGGACUUCGACAACUUAUUGCGAAUUCUCCACUUGAACGGCUAUGACGCUUCAGAGCUCUUUGCAAAGGUUGAUACCAACAGUGAUGGUAGCAUUGACCUUGAUGAAUUUACAGAAUGCUUCAAGCAUUUGGCAUCAUUGCCACCAAAGGAACCACCAGCAAGAAAGACCAAGCGAGCCUCUCAAAUGCAGAAAGACGUCGAUCAAGCAGUUGCACUAGCUGCUGCUGCCGCUGCUGCUGCGCCGGCUGAGCCCGAGGCCGGCGAUGACGACGAUGAAGAGGAGGAUGAAGAAGAGUCCAUGCCCGAGGAGUUUAAAGAUUUGUCAGUUGAGCAGCAGAGGCGCCAAAUCCUUCUGAAGUCCGCAUGGCAAAUGGGCCUUGGCACUCUGAUGGUCCUGGUUUUCUCAGAUCCCAUGGUCGAUGUUCUAGCAGAGAUUGGGAAUCAGAGCGGCAUUCCAUCGUUCUACAUCUCCUUUAUCUUGGCGCCAUUGGCUUCCAACUCAUCCGAGCUCGUUGCAGCGUACAACUACGCUGGACGCAAGACGUCAAAGACGAUCACCAUUGCCUUGAACACUCUCGAGGGAGCUGCCUGCAUGAACAAUACCUUCUGCCUCGGCAUCUUCAUGGCUCUGGUGUACUUUCAGGGCUUGGCUUGGAAGUUUACGGCGGAGACCCUGACCAUCAUCGUUGUUGAGUUCGCACUGGCUGGCAUUGUUUUGAUGAAUCACAACCAGAGGGUAGUUGACGCCUUUGGCAUUUUUCUGCUUUUUCCUGGAGCCCUUGUACUUGCCUCAGCCCAGAUCGAACUGGAAGUGACUUUGCAAAGAUGA